GUUUUUACUCAUCUCUUGCCGCACUCUUUUAAACCACACACGGACACGCACUUAGAUGAACAUAAUAUGAUUAACUCAAGUCUUCAUCCGGAUUUGGCUGAUAUCGUGCACGGAAAAGUUUGCCAUUUAAUGGCACGCUAUAUAUUCCUCGUCGUUGAACGUUUUAAUUGUAGGAAUUAUGUAAUUUGAUUAUUCGACUCAUCGUAGAAAUACAUAUUUAAAAUAGUCUACGAAUUUCAUUGUUUCUUUUUUUUUUUGUUGCACAAGAUUGUAAGAUGCAUUUCUUAGGUUUUAUCAGGUAGGUUAUUUUAAACAUCGUGAGUGCCUUUAUCGCUUAUGAUUUUAUCAGAGAAAUCAUUCUUAUAUAUUCUUAUCGGCAAAGACAACAAAUAUUAUUCCUUCGUUCGUCAGUGAAACAGACCAUUCAUUUUCUUUCAAAGAUUUGACAUUAAAAGGAUGACAAGGCGCGGGAGUAUUUAUCGGUAAAGCUCACUGUGUGGCAGUUGCGAUGCCAACUUAUCACAAUGCGGGUGGUGGAUACCCGAAUGUGUCAGCGCCAGCGCGGCAAGCGAAGCUCGAUGGCAAUCAAAAUCAUCACACGAUCCCUUCAAACGUAACGACCCACCCUCUCAUUCAAAACACCACCUCGCACAACGCUCCUCCAAAUCUGUCAGCGAGCAACAUUCCGUCCCAUCCAGUAUCACCGACGAUGACCACGCAUUCGAGCGUAACAUCCCCAAACUUGACGAGCCAUAUGAACACGGCGUCUUCACCGGUUCUCCUUACUUCGAACGUCACGAAUCCUGGAAAUACCACUGCUCUAUCGGCCAAUCCGAGGCAUGAAGUCAAAUUGAAUGCUAUGCCAUGGUUCCAUGGGAAGAUAUCUAGGGAAACUGCGGAAAGGUUGUUACGGCCCAGAGAAGAUGGUCUGUUCCUAGUUCGAGAGUCGACGAAUUUCCCCGGAGACUAUACCCUCUGCGUGUGUUAUCAAGGACGUGUGCAACAUUACAGAGUGAAAUACAAGAAUAAUCAGUUGACCAUCGACGACGAAGAAUUUUUCGAGAAUUUAGCGCUCUUAGUCGAACAUUAUGAGCAAGAUGCCGACGGUCUUUGCACUCAGUUGACGAAAUCCUUACCGAAACAAGGGAAACAAGACUUUUGCGUCGAUCCCAAGGCCUUCAUCGAAGCUGGCUGGGUUAUUCAGACUCACGAGUUAGAAUUAAGAGAGUGUAUCGGUAAAGGUGAAUUCGGUGACGUUUUACUCGGUGUUUAUAGGGGCGAAAGGGUGGCCGUGAAAAUGUUGAAAGACAAUAGCGAAGCGGCGCAAAGGUUUUUGGCCGAGGCGAGUUUAAUGACCUCGUUGAUUCACGACAAUCUCGUUAAAUUACUUGGUCUUGUAUUCAAUAAUCAACACAUGUACCUGGUUACGGAAUAUAUGAGCAAGGGAUCCCUAGUGGAUUACUUGAGAUCUAGAGGGCGAUUACACGUAUCCAAAAAAGAUCAAAUCAAUUUUGCCUACGACACGUGUGCCGGUAUGGCAUACUUGGAGUCGAGACACGUCGUCCAUCGCGAUUUAGCCGCGAGAAACGUCCUCGUUGCGGAAGACAAUUCCGCGAAAGUUUCGGACUUUGGCUUGGCACGAGACGAAAACUUCUCUCUCGAUGGUGGAAAGUUGCCCAUCAAAUGGACCGCCCCGGAGGCUUUAAAGCAGAACAAGUUUUCUAACAAAUCUGACAUGUGGAGUUUCGGAAUACUCCUUUGGGAAAUCUAUUCCUUUGGACGCGUGCCCUAUCCACGUAUCCCUCUAGCCGACGUUGUCAAGUGCGUGGAAAAAGGUUACAAAAUGGAACCACCAGAUGGAUGUCCGCCCGAAGUGUAUGACAUUAUGAGACAGGCCUGGGAUCUUCAACCAGAGAAGAGACCUACGUUCCAUGAUAUAAAAGUAACGCUUGGUCAACUAAAAGCAGAGUACACCAAAGGCGUGAAUUAAAAGAAGGCUUAUCUUAGGUCGACCUAGAAACGAUGUAGAAUUAACACAUAACAGAACUGAUUUCUCAAAUACGAUGCUUCUUUCAUUUUAAGGACAAAUAUAGUGGCUCUAAAAACUUCGAUUAGAGGGAUGAGGUAAUGAACGAGGAGAAAAAAGAAAGGACGAAAAAGGAAGAAAGAAAAAAGAAAAGAAAAGAAGAACGAGCAAAUGCAAUUCUUAUUGUACAUUUUAUAUGCAAUACUAUUUGCGUCGUCGUUUA